CCCAAUGUUAGAAGGAGGGUAAGUAAAGCAGCGCCAGCAACAACUUGGUUAAAACACUUUCCUUUCUCCUUCAGCAAGCAACACUUCAUCGUUCUGAUUCCACUCUAAUAAUUCAAAAACAAAAGGGAUUAGGGUUCCAUUCACUACCACGUUAGGGUCUAUUCCAUUCAGAAAAACCAGAAGAAAUCAAACAUGGCUCGUAAUGAAGAAAAAGCUCAAUCGAUGCUCAACCGAUUCAUCACCAUGAAAGCAGAAGAGAAAAAGAAACCAAAAGAACGCCGUCCUUUUCUCGCCUCCGAGUGCCGCGACCUUAACGAAGCAGAUAAAUGGCGUCAACAGAUUAUGCGCGAGAUCGGCCGCAAAGUCGCCGAGAUCCAAAACGAAGGUCUCGGCGAACACCGUCUCCGUGACCUUAACGACGAAAUCAACAAACUCAUUCGCGAAAAGGUUCAUUGGGAGCGGCGAAUUGUCGAACUCGGCGGUCCGAAUUACGCUCGACAUUCGGCUAAAAUGACUGACCUCGAUGGAAAUAUUGUGGAUGUUCCAAACCCUAGCGGCCGUGGUCCAGGAUAUCGGUAUUUCGGUGCGGCGAAGAAACUCCCCGGUGUGCGCGAGUUGUUUGAGAAACCACCGGAGCUACGGAAGCGGAGGACUCGAUAUGAUAUCUAUAAGCGGAUCAAUGUGGCUUAUUAUGGUUACCGUGAUGAUGAGGAUGGUAUUCUUGAACGCCUUGAGGAACCUGCUGAGGAAGCUAUGCGAGAUGAAGCGGAUGAGGAGUGGCGACGGCUUGAUAUGAUAAAGAAGGAGGCUAGGAAGGCUGUUCGGAGUGGGGAGGUUGCUGAGGUUUCAACUGCUGCUAGGGAGAUACUUCAUGAGGAGGAGGAAGAUGUGGUGGAGGAGGAGAGGAUGAAGGAGAGGGAGAUGAGGAGGUUGGGUGAGAAAGAGAGGGAAUUCAUUGUUCAUGUGCCGUUGCCGGAUGAGAAGGAGAUUGAGAAGAUGGUGUUGCAGAAGAAGAAGACGGAUUUGUUGAAUAAGUAUGUUAGUGAUGUUCUCAUGGAGGAGCAGACUGAAGCUAAGGACUUGCUUAACAUUCAUCGUUAGCUAUACGUUAUAUAUUCUUGUUUUCUAAAUUUAUCUUCAUGGCCUACAACAAUAUUAAUGAGCCAUUGCUAUUGAGAUCAUAGCAUUACUGCAGCUCAAAAGGCUAAAGGACGGCUAAACCAAAUAAAGCUCCUCCGUUCUUGACAUGCUCAUCUGGUGACAAACGGCAAUGAAUCAAUUCUCCUUUCUGAGUCCAUGUUUGGGAAUCUACAUUCAAGCUUUAGAAAAGUUGCUAUAUAUUGUCUAUUUAGGCGUAGAAACAUCAUUCUUCUGCGUUGUCAGGAACCAGAUUAAGGUAAUGAAAACUGAUAGAUUCCUUUAUGCCCUAUACUUUACAAUUGUGACAAGGGGAUAGAUUCCUCAACGGUGACAUUGUUCCCAAUAGCGACCUUACAAAACUACUCGCUCGCACUUUUGUUUUCUCUAGAAUGGCGAAGAUGGGACUAAUCCUAAGCAAAGCAGCAGAUUACUUGGUUGAGAAAUGUGAAGUUUUGUUAAUUAAAGCCAUGCACAUGCGCACCAAAAAGUUUGUCAGAGCGAAAUUUUAAAGGAUCCUGAGACCAAUAAAACAAGAUACAAAUUUAUUGGGUCUUUUACCUUUUGCUUCUCGUUUUUACGGGGACAAUCUUCUUGGUCACUGUAGAGAAACUGGAUGUUAUUGAUGCUUUGUGCUAUGUUUGUUCAACAAUUACCACUCUUGGUUAUGCAGAUAAAAGUUUCUCCACUCAAGCUAAAAGAAUAUUUCCAGUGUUUUGGAUAUUAACAGGUACUAUUUGCUUACUUAGUUUUUCCUCUACAUGGCUUAACUAAACACUGAGAAUAGACAAAAGGCACUUGUUAAUUGGGUUCUUACAAGGAAAAUGACCGAUUUUGAUUUGUAAGGUGCUGAUCUUAAUGAGGAUGACGCUGUUGGGUUGGUUGAUCUUUC